UCUAUUGUUGUCACCCUUUUUAACUCUUGAUCGAACAGGAGGAGCUGGUCACUGGUAAAGCAUCGGUCGCAGUGGAACGUUCCAUCGUCUCUUAUUUGUGACUUCAAAGAUUGCCAAGUCGACAUUUCAAAAUGAUGAAAUCUGCAAUUGUAGCUGUGUUGAUUUUCUCCAGCAUUUAUCUCGUCAACUCUCUCCAGUGCUACGAAGGAGCGCCAGAUAACACCAAAGUCAAUCCCAACUGCCAAACUUCGUGUGAAAAAAACAUCGACAAAACAGGUGAUGAGGAGGUAGUAAUGUACGGUUGUUCCGAGGUCAAACAUGACGAGGACGAAUGCAAAGACAUUGAGGAGACUACAAAUGUGAAUACCGUUGUGAGAACCGAGUGCUUCUGCAAUAGCGAUUUGUGCAACUCCACAGCGACGAUCUCCUCUAGCAUUUUCCUUCUCUCCGUGGCUCUGCUGAUGAAGAUGGCGUUUUGAAGCAGCAGAAGGGUUGCUGAGCACAAUGGUGAAGUCACUACUUACCUGCAGUACCCAGUCAAGUCACGAGGUUCCUCAUGUGCUCAGAAUGAAUCAACCGUCGAUUUGCAUGACCAUUCCGCACCAGUCAAAAUUAUAAAGGAUGUGUAUCAAUAUAUGUCUGGAUUUGAAGAAUAAUUUCUCAAAAAUGCAAAAGUUUAAACAAA